AUGGUUUCAAUCCACUUCUCUUCUACUCUUCACCGUCUGAAACCACCACCGCCUCGUCCCUCUCAGCUCUGCAACCUCAAACCCUCUUUCCUCUCCAAAAGCAACAAAUCCCCAAACACGAGGAAGAAGAUCGGCACCAGAUACAGAACGUGCAGAGCGGAGUUCUCAAACGACGCACCGUUUGCUGCAGCCAUCGGCGCCUGCAUGCUCUCUUCUCUGGUGCUUCCGGUCACUACUCCAGAGGACGAUGGCGGCGGCGGUUCGCCUAUGGAUUCCACCGAUGCCAGGUUUGCAGUCAUGGGCAUCGUUAGCUUCAUUCCCUACUUCAAUUGGCUGAGUUGGAUUUUUGCGUUUCUGGAUACCGGGAAAAGGCGUUAUGCGGUGUAUGCGCUUGUCUACUUGGUUCCCUACCUCAGGUCGAAUUUGUCAUUGUCUCCUGAGGAGAGCUGGCUGCCUAUUGCUAGCAUUGUUCUAUGCAUUAUUCAUGUCCAGUUGGAAGCCAGUAUUAAAAAUGGAGAUCUUCAGGGCUUUCAAUUGUUUAGCGAGGCUGCAAAGCAUACUUCAUUCACGAGUAGAAAGAAAGAUCUGACUGGGCAUGAAGGGACCUCUGAGGAGGGGAGUAAAAGAGAAAAUAAGAACCUGCCAUCCAGCGAAGAGCUUGGGAGGUGGGGAGUUCCCAAGAAGCCUUUACAAGAUCACGAACGCUCGAAUGAAGAUUGGGAUGAUGAUGAAAGAAGCAAACACUAA